AGGCCCUGAUUAUUUCGCUUGGAAGCAGAUCGUAUCAUCAUCACGAAUCACGAAUCACGACCAUCUCGAUAACAGAGAGAGAUAAUUAUACAGAGAUGUCUGGUGUGGUUGUUGGUCUUGGUCAUGCGAGCUCGUGGGGUGCAGCGCUGGUAAGGAUUUCGCCCUACACUUUCUCCGCAAUCGGAAUCGCCAUCUCGAUCGGCGUCUCAGUGCUCGGUGCCGCCUGGGGAAUUUACAUUACGGGAAGUAGUUUGAUCGGUGCGGCUAUAGAAGCUCCCCGUAUCACUUCGAAGAAUCUCAUCAGUGUAAUCUUUUGCGAAGCUGUAGCUAUAUAUGGCGUUAUUGUUGCAAUCAUACUCCAAACAAAGUUGGAGAGCGUCCCAUCUUCAAAGAUGUAUGACGCUGAGUCUCUUAGAGCUGGAUACGCAAUCUUCGCAUCUGGAAUCAUAGUUGGAUUCGCCAACCUUGUAUGCGGGUCUGUAUCUUACCCUUUCUCUUUUCUUACAGUUUUGGUUUUUGAAUUUCAUUGUCAGAUAUGCAAACCGAGCUCACAUUUCUUUUGCAGGUUAUGUGUAGGAAUCAUUGGGAGCAGUUGUGCAUUAUCUGAUGCCCAAAACUCAACACUCUUUGUAAAGAUUCUUGUGAUCGAGAUCUUCGGGAGUGCUCUUGGGUUGUUUGGAGUUAUUGUGGGGAUCAUUAUGUCUGCACAAGCAACAUGGCCAACCAAAUAGAUAUAUCCGGUCUAUAUGCGUUGUGGUCUAUUUGCAAAGCUGGAAAGGACAUUUGUUGUAUGGAUACUGAUGUCGAGAAGAGAAAAUCUGUGUGAAAACUGAAAACCACUUCUGGAUCCCAAUUUUUUUUGUGUUUGUUUAAAACUUUGGAAUAAGUUACUUUGGAGAACAGCUUCUUGUUUGUAUUCAUUCUCUUUGGUUUCUCUUAUAAUCAAAGACAAGAGUUUGUAUAUUGAUUUGUUUAUCAAUCUGUUUCUCCA